CUUCCUUCCUCUUCUUUCUCCGUCCUUUCCCUUCCUCCCUUCCUUCCUCUUCCGUCCUUCCUUCCCCUUACUCCUCCCCUCCCCUCCCCACUGGGCGCUCCUCCCUCUUUCUCUUCCUGGCUGUCUCUUCCUCCCAUUGGCCCUCCUCCCUCUUUCCCAGCCGGCAAAGGGUUACAGGGCGGAGGGGGCGGGGAGGCCGGCCGGCCGUCAGGAGGCGGGCGCCCGCGCAGCCUGCCAAUGCCGCAUCCCGGCGAUGAUGGGUCCCCUCGGCUAGAGCCAGGCGUCGCCGGCCCCGCUGGCGGCAGAGCCCAGGAGGCAGGCAGCCGGGCCCGGAGGAGGAGGAGGCGGAGGAGGCGGAGGAGGAGGCAGCCAAGCGGGGUUCCCUUGCGGGACUCCCUCCCUUCCCGCGCCGCCCUCCUCGCCGCACCUGCGCCGGCAGCCCCGCCCUGGAAUUGUACGUGCCCAGACAUGCCUGUGAAUGUGGAAGAAUCUAGGCAGAGUUCCUGCUGGGGACUGUGCGGAAGGAUGGCAGCUGCAGAGCCCCUGACCGCGUUCUCCCGCUGGUACCUCUAUGCCAUUCAUGGCUACUUCUGUGAGGUGAUGUUCACAGCUGCUUGGGAGUUUGUAGUUAAUUUCAACUGGAAGUUCCCAGGCGUCACGAGUGUAUGGGCCCUCUUCAUCUACGGAACCUCCAUCCUCAUCGUAGAAAAGAUGUACCUGUACCUGAAGGACAAGUGUAACAUACUCCUGCGCUGCCUCAUUUAUACCUUGUGGACGUAUGUUUGGGAAUUCACCACUGGCUUCAUCCUGCGCCAGUUCAACGCUUGCCCUUGGGACUACUCUCAGUUUGACUUGAACUUCAUGGGCCUCAUAACUCUGGAGUAUGCCAUUCCGUGGUUCUGUGCGGCCAUUAUCAUGGAACAGCUAGUCAUCAGGAACACCCUGCGUUUGCGCUUUGAUGAGAAUGCUGAACCCGGGGUGCCCACUCCUACUGUAACCUUGGCCAAUGGUCAUGUGAAAACUAAUUGAAAGGUGAACUUGAAGUUAUGCUGUGAACUUUUCUGCCCCCUCUGUUGAAGACUUGCAAUGACGGCCUCCAAACGAAACUUCUUCCUGUAUGAUAAACAAACCUCCUAGAUUGGGAGGUAUGCAUGAAAAAGCGGAAUCAGUAGGUUUUCUAUGGAAUUUGCCCUUUUUUCUUUCUUAAACAACAAGUAGCACAGUCAGCUAUCUGUUGGAUAGAUACUUUGACUUGUAACUUACUGUGAAAGCAGUCCUGUUACCUGCAUUUUACUGCAUAGGGUUUGGGUGGGGAGGGGAGGGGAUAAGACAAACGCUAGUCAACGUUUACAAAAUAACAAGUUAGUGGAUUGACACAGAUACCCCAGUUAAUGUAGAUUUGGCUUCUAUUCCGUUUGGCAAUAUUCAGGUGCUUGCUUGCAACCAAUACCUCCCGCGGGACCUGAGAUGCUACAGGGUCAAGGAAAAACCAACUGCUGCUGAGACAGCCCAACAGUGGCAGCCUUCUGGGGAGGUAAAAUUUGCCCUCUUGUGUGCUCCUCCUGAGGCUUUUUUUUUAAAAAAAGAUUGCACCACCACGUAUAAUAUUAUGGUGCUGGACAUCUUGCUGAAUUUAUAUAACAUAUAUACUUUUUGAACCAUCCAAUGUAAUGCUCGCUCAAGAGCUUGUUCUCUCAUUCAUAUAUAUAUAAAUAUAUAUAUAUAUAUAUAUAUAUGAGUACUUUUUUGCUGGAUGAAUGAUAGCAUUCCUGUACAAGCUGCAUUUUGGCCAAGUAGUCAAAAGUGGGAAAGAAGUAUGGCCGAAGUCUUCCCUGCCUCCUGUCUUUGCACCUUGUAGUGGAACUCAAUAGAAGGGCUCCUUCAAGUCUGAUCCUUGCAACUCUCAAAGUAAGCGUUCUCAUCACCAGGCUCCUCUAUGGCCCCACAACCUGUAGCUGGGCAACACUCUACCACUUAAUUCUAUUGUUAUGGAUCACCGGCUGGCCCUGGUGUCAAUGUCAUCUGCCCUCCUUGGGAUUUGGAAUCCUGUCAAACAGACUAUUGAAUACUUGUGUGUAUUUUGUUUUCUACUGCAUUUUCUCUGCACCCCGCCUACUGUACUCAGUAUGCUCAUCACAGUGUUAACGGUGCAGCAAUUAGCCCUGUUCUUCAUCAGGUUAUUGAUGAGUAGCUGCUGAUGAUACAAUAUUGCUUCAGAGUGAGGGGCACUGAAGAAUUUUUCUCCAGUUACUUUCAGAUGGGCUGUGAACAAUUUUCUGCAUGUUUUCUAGAACUUGAGGCAAACUUCCCAAGGAGAUGCAACUUUCUUGGGUUUUGCAAGAAGUAGCAAUCAUAAGGAAGAUACUUUCCAUCUGGCAGCCAUCAAAUGAUGUUUUGUUCAUCUGAGAGUAAAAGAAAAACAACAAAUCCCAACCUAUCUUUUUGGGAUAAGUGGGUUUGUUGAAAACAACUAGCAUCCAAGAGCCUUAAGAGGAGGUCAUGCUUGUGAUUCGGCCACCUGGCCCAGAACAGUUCCACGUACCUGAAUGGAAUGGUAUUGCACUAGCAAUGAGCUUGACUUGUGAUGUGCAUUUCUCCAUGUGGUCCCAAAUCCCCUCUGUGUUUGAAAAUAUGGCUGAUUUCUUUGGCUGACCACUGACUGUUUCAACCACCUGGUAAUCGGCUCAAACAGCUCCUCUUUGUCCUAUUUAGUUCCAUUGAAGGGGAAACAAAACAUACCCAGAGAGAGAAUGUAUCCAUACUGCAUUGUUUUAGCAGUUUGAUCCCAUUUUAACUGUCAAGGCUCCAUCCUGUAGAAUUCUGAGAUGGGUUAUUUGGUGAAAUGCCAUUCAGCUAGAAAGCUCUAGUAAACUACAGAUCCCAGGAUUCCAAAGCAAGAAGCCAUGAGUUAAAGUAUCACAGCAUCAUACUGCUACAAUUGUGCAUUGUCAAUGUCCUGAAAGACACCUGGUCAUCCUGAAUGGAUUCUACAAAGUGUUAUACAUGAGAAAAAGUGUAGCAUUAACCUGUCUCGUGUUUUCAGUUUGUGAUUAAUUUAUGUCUCCCCAUUUCCCUUCAGGUAUGACAUCCAUUGCUGGCAAUGGAUGGGCAGGAGCACUGCCAGCAGACUUUUAAUCAGGUCUGCUCUGUGGUUGACAGUGUCUCCUGAAAUACUCUGCACUUAGCAAACAACCACACAGAUUAGCAGUUUUCUAGUUAGUCAGAUUUUUAAAAUUCACGAUUGAAUCGAGCUCUGCUUUAUGUGUGGUGUGGGGCCAGACCUGAUUUAUUGCUUAGCAGCCUUGCAACACUAGUUAAUUGGAGUGGAAAUAAGGUGGACGGGAAACCCACUGUUUCUGGAGUCAUGAUCUGAAGCCUUCUUCCAGUGCAGCAGUCCUGUCAAUGUUUACUCAGCAGCAAGCCCACUUGAAUUAUUGGGCAGGAACUGGACUCCGUGACCUCCAAGGUUUCCUCCUCCAACACUUUGUGAUUCUAAGUGGGCAUAGGAUUGCAGCCUUAAUCAAUAUCGGGAUGCAGUGAAUACUGUAAAGAGAAAACACAUUUUCUUGGCAUCCUACAUCUCUAAACUGCUGUUCUGUCCUCUCAAAAUAAAUUGGGAAGAUAUUGGAUGCUGGCUUUGUGGCUUCUCGUGAAAAACUUUUUAGAAAACACUAAAAGCAAUUUUCCUCCAAAUGUUCCAUGAUUGAGGGAAUAGUAAAAGUAGAAAAUGAGCUUCUCUUACAUUUCUUGGUAAUUUUGUUUGUGAAGCAUCACGUAAGACUCAGUAAGUACUGACUCGCCACUUUUAAUGCUGAUGACUGAUUUCCAAUGAGUAGAUGUCCAGUUUUAGACUUCUCUAAAGUACUGAUCUCUUAAAUGGGCUUGUAAAAGCAUGAAAGGAAAAUGUCUAAAAAUAGCAAAGUCUCAAGGGUUACAUUUUUGUGAAAUUAAUAACACAGUCCCAUGUUCUUUGGGUAGCUCUCAUCUCCUCCUAAAUAGCACCAUUCUUUGAAGGCUGGUAAGUAGUUGUUUGCUAACGCUGAAGAACAACAUCUAGUCUUUAAUCUGCUGACACCUCACUACAUCAUUUCCUAAAGUUUAUUUUAUGCCAUUUUCUGUAAUUCAUAUAGUAUAACCAUUUCCUCAAGGAGCUCUGAUUUUCACAAACACAUGCACUUUAUUUACACUUGGCAUAUGGGUAACUGAGCUGAGCUCAAAACAUCAAUACUUUCCCAUGAAUUAUCCUCCAGAUAACCUUUUGACUAUAAGACUUUUCUUUGGCAUUUCCCCCCUCCUCUCUUAAAUCAUUGUAUGUGCUAGCUUUUCAGAUCUCUUCACUUUUAGGAGGAAAUCCCAAUUGUGCAGCCACAUAUUUACUUCUUUCAUUUCUUUUAUGUUUCUUUUCUCAUUCUUUCAGUUCAUGUGAUGGGUGUGGGUGGAUGGGAACUCCUACUCUUAUUUUAUAACUGGUUUGCUUAAACUACAUAGCAAUGGCCACACUAUUGACAACUGUAGCCCAGUAGCUGUGCAGUGGAGGAGCCACUGGCAUCUAAAACACACAACAAUAAAACGCACACAGUCCUCAGUUAAAUGUUUGCUUGUAUGUGUAUCCUCCUCAAUAGAUUAAAGUUGCCUGUUUUAAUUCA